CGGAGGAACACAUCUAAAUACUACUACCAUAUCACUUAUGCAUACUGGAGGAUGCGACUUCCAACAAGAUACACCAAAGACUACACAAACAUAUAUACAGCUAUUACAACUCUCUAAUUAUAAUUACGUCGAAGUUAUACAAUGUAAAAUAGAAAUAUCCAGAACUGUUUAUCACUGUGGGAUGCACUCUCACGUCUCUAUUGUGCACAAUGGUCAAGCUAGCUAUUUGCAAGGAACAUCGCACGAACAAUGUCUACGCAUGCAUCGUGAAGGAAUGUUGCGAUUAGGAGCAGACGAAAUUAUUGAUCAAUUAAAACCAAACAGUACAAUUUAUAGAAGCGUAACACUGGCAGGAAAAGCAGGAGUAGACGGUACCUGCAAAGGCGCUAUGUACUCUGAUUAUUAUGGCACUUGGGAAGAUGUAGUAGUCCAGGCACAAGUGACAAUAUCAUUGCGAACGGCCUAUGUACCGGUACAUCUAGAAUUAGGAAAGGUUAUAUUAAAAUCAGGAACUACGUGUCCUCUCUCAGAAGGAACUUGUUUAGACUCGGACGAUGGAUAUACUUUUUGGCAACCUCUUCCAAAUUCAGCAUGCAAAUUUAACCAUUAUGAUGUUUUAUAUGAAGGAAAUGCCAUGAAAAUGCAAGGCAACAUAGAGUCACAAGACACUACAAUUUACACAUUGACAACACAAGACAUUACAUUUGCUCUAACUUUAACAAGACCACAUAUUAUUUGUGGAUAUACUCUAAUGGGAACUGAGCAUCCAAAAUUGUUUAUUUUUGAAACAAAGCAAGGAAAUACAUUCAAAACAAAAACAGAAACUCCUAUUGAUAAUUUAGAUAUUUUUACAUAUAUAAACUCCAAAUUUGUAUAUGUCGAAAGACAUAUUAGGACCCAGAUGAAGGCACUGUAUUAUGAUAUAAUACAACAAAAAUGCGAGUUAGAAAAACAAGUGUUACAAAAUACCUUGUCUCUCGCUACAUUAUUACCAGACGAAUUUGCUUUCCGUCUGAUGAAGGCACCUGGGUAUAUGGCUGUUGCCGCUGGCGAGGUUAUACAUGUUGUAAAGUGUAUACCGCUCGAAGUCGUACUACGACGAACAAACUCAUGCUUCACCGAUUUACCAGUAAUGCUCAGUAAUACAUCUUACUUCAUAACGCCUAAAUCACGAAUUCUUACACGAUACAGCACUGAAAGAAACUGUAAUCCUCUUUUACCUAUACAAUUUCAUAUCGAGGAUACGUGGAUACAAUUCAAUCCAACACCAAACAUGGUAUUACCACCCCAGAUACUGAAACCUUUAACAAAGCUCACAUGGACAUACUUAACCCCAGCCGCACUCGCAACAAGUGGCAUUUAUUCCGAGAAAGACUUAGAAAAUUUACGUGAUCAUGAUGAACUUGAUUGCCGAGUUCGGAGAGUCUGUUCCACUUCUCAAGAGCACCUUUGGGAGACCCUCGAGAAAGAAUGGAAUAAAAUACCAAAUUCUGUAUUGGAAAAACUCAUAGAAAGGAUGCCGCGAUUGAUGAAAAAGGUGUUGUCCACCAAAGAAGGUUGGUUCGAUGAAAAAAAGGUAUGA